AUGCUGGUGAGCCUCGUUCUACAACUCUGUCUACCCACAUCAAAAGUGCCCUGUGCUGCUGCAGGCUUUGCUGUGCCUUUGACGGAGCUCAGCAGUGCGGAAAUCGGCCACAGCCUUCAGCAGACCUUCACAAGUGACGAAGACUUCGCUGAUUUUCGAGCUCUGAUAGGGCGACUGGAGGAUGAGUAUAUACACGAAAUGGUCCUCCUGAGUGACGAGAACAGAUUGUUAAGAUCUGAGAUGGCCAAAGUACUUGGCACUGGCAGCACCGACACCAAGAAAAUUGGCAUUCGUGAGGGGAGCAUCAACCCGACCUUUGACACGUCAGCCGUCGCCGACCCCAAGUUUCGUGUUGGACAGGAGGCUCCAGAGUCUCGGUCCGCGGAAGGAUCACGAAAUCCACCUUCCUCGGGUCUGCCAGCACGUGCAGAGGAACCUCCAGGCAAGAGCGGAGCGGAUGAGCAGUGCACAGUUGUCAUGGGCAGCGCCGCCACCACGCAGAUGAUCGCGAAGAUCGAUGCGGAAGUCGAGGCCUCCGUACAGAAGCAGAAGCACGACUGCGCGAGCCGCCUUGAAAGCGAUUUCUACGAAAUCACGAUAGGCAUGCUCAUCAUCGUGAAUUCCGUGAUCAUGGCCAUCGAAUUCGAGUAUCAAGGCUACGUGGUUGGCCACGACCUAGACUACCGGAGAAUGGAGGGGAGCCCUGACGAGGCCUGGCCACAUGCGGAAAGCGUUUUCUAUGCCAUCAACCUGGGCUUCACGAUUGCUUUUGUUGUUGACAUAGUGCUUCGCCUCAGCUUCCUCCGACUGCGAUUCUUCAAGCUAACAUUCAACUGGCUGGACCUUCUGGUCGUUCUCUGCAGCGUCACAGAGAUCCUGUUUCAAGACCUGAUACCAGUUGAUACGGUCUUCAUGCGCCUCUUGCGGCUGGGAAAGGUGGCGCGAGCGAUGCGAGUUGUUCGACAUACAGAGGGGAUGUCGUCGCUCAUCAUGCUGCUCAAGUGCGUGAGAGCCAGCUUCAACACCCUGUGCUGGUCAUUGAGCUUCAUCGUCGUGCUUCAGUGCAUGGCAGGUAUGGUCAUGAGCCAGGUUCUUUGGCCGUACAUGAAAGACGAGUCUGCGGACCUGGAUGAGAGGAGGGAAGUCUUCAGAUACUAUGGCACGUUCACUGGAACGUUCCUCACCAUGUUCGAGGUGUUGCUGGCAAACUGGGCUCCUCCGGCCAGAAUCCUUGUGGACUACGUCAGUGACUGGUUCGUCUAUGUGUUCGUCGUUUACCGCUGUGUGGUGGGUUUUGCCGUCCUGAACGUAGUAUCUGCUGUCUUCAUUCAGCAGACGAUGAGGGUGGCACAGGCAGAUCAGGAGCUCAUUUUGAAGCAGCGGCUCAGAUCCGAGCAAGCGUAUGCUGCGAAGAUGAGAGAGUUCUUCGACAAGUUGGACACCGACCACACGGGCUUCUUGACAUGGCAGGAGUUUAGCGAGGUCCUCCGAAAGCCUGAGCUGCGAUCCUGGAUGGCAACCUUGGAGCUUGAGACCUACGACCUGGUGAACCUCUUUCACAUGAUCGAUGACGGUGACGGUGCUAUCACCGUUGCAGAGUUCCUCGAUGGAGCCAUCCGCCUGCGAGGUGUGGCGAAAAGCCUGGACCUGGCGCAGGUACUCAGCACCACCCGAAGGGUGGACGCCAAACUCGAGGCGUGCCUCAUGGCCAUCCAGAAGUUGUCGGGCGAGAACGACAUGGAAAGCUUGAAGAAGACG